CUCCUUCCUCCUCUUCCUCCUCCGCCCCAGCCCCUGCUCUCCUUCCUUCUUCCUAGCUCCUUGCCUCCAGAAAGCAGCCCCAUGAAGCGCCUUCUCCUCGCCGGGCUCCUCCAGCUCCGCCAGCCUCGUCCCCUGCCUCUUCAUUCUCAGAAUCCAUCAGGGACUUUAUGGGGAAGGCCUCAAAGAGUGGUCUUGAACCAUGCGUACAGCACCGAGAGAGGAAACACAGACAAGUCUGUUGGGCGCUAUCCAAUACCCAAUAAGAAGGAUUUGCCGUAUGAUAUUGCAGAGCUCAUGGAGGAAGUAGAAGUAAAGAGUGGUUUUUUACCUAAUGUGUUUAAAGUGAUGUCUCAUCGACCAGCUGAAUUCAGAGCCUUCUUUGCUUACUACAAUGCCAUCAUGAACAAGGAAUCAGGCAACCUAAGCACUGCGGAUAAGGAGCUCAUUAUUGUGGCUACAAGCAUUGUCAACAAGUGUCCCUACUGCGUCACCGCGCACGGUGCUUUGCAUCGGAUAUAUUCCAAGAAACCAACUCUAGCUGAUCAGGUCAUCGUGAAUUGGAAGAUGGCGGACCUCGAUGCUCGAGAGCAGGCCAUGAUUGAAUUUGCGUUAGCUGUCUGUCAAGCAGAGAAUAUCACCGAAGAGCAUUUUCAGAAGUUAGAGGCUCAGGGAUUUGACCGAGAUGAUGCCUGGGAUAUCGCCACCAUUACAGCCUUCUUUGCCAUGGCAAAUCGCGUCGCUCACUUCACAGACAUGAAGCCAAACCCAGAAUUCUUCUCCAUGGGAAGAGUACCAAAGGAAAAACAGGACACCAAAUCAUCCUAAUUAAGCUUGCUGGCAACCAGAUUUUUGCAGGAAUACUGGACUCUCAACAUGGAGGCCAAUCUGGGCUCAUUGUGGUAUAAAAGUUGCAAAGACAGAAAAAGAAAAGAUAUAGGUUGCAAAUGAGAAGGGAAGUCUACUUAGCUUUCAUCUGUAUUUCUGCGUGGCUUUCCAGUAGGGAACCAACUGAAAUGAAGUACUCUGAAGAUCAGACACUGGCUCCUCAGCUUGUUUGAUUGUAAUUUUACUAUAAUCUACCAGUUACUACAGGGUUUGCCCAUAUAAAGUCUAACUGGCCCAGCACUUACUUGUAGCAGAAAACAUUUUAUUGAUCAAAACCUGGGGAGGAUUUUUACUCAAACACUGGAAAAGAUAUUUAGGAAGAAAUCUUUAUCAUUUCCUCCAAAAAGCAGGUGCCCACUUGAUUGAUUGAAGCUGGGACAAAUAAAUUUUUUGUACAUUUUCAUGCAUUUUAGAAGAAAUUUUAAUCAUUCUGUCUGUUAUUGUAUAGCUUAAUAAUUUAAAAUUAUGUAUUUACAUGUUAAUUGUUUUGCUUCCUUUAAAUCUGUUCUGGCGAUACAAAUAAAGGAGGGUGCGAAAUAAAUAGGAAUAUAAUCUCU